UCAUAUCCAAAAAAAAAAAUAUUAAAAAAACCUCAAAGUAAACCUAUAAUUAUUUCUGAUUCUGAAGGAGAAGGAAUCUCAAAUAAAAAACCUAAAAUUAAAUCAGAGUCAAGUAAUUUACAUGAAUUAGAAAUUGAAGAACGAAAAAUAAUACUUAAAGAGUGUACUAUUGCUAUUCGUGAAAAAGAACUUGAUAUUCGAAAAAAAGAAGCUGAAGUAGAGGCUUUAGAAUUAGAAAAUAAAAAAAUGCGAAAUGAAUUAGAACAUGUUAUAAGCAAGCGUACUAUUACUAAUUCAAUAUAUUAUGCAUACUCAAA